GCCGGGCCAAGAUGGAAAAUAUCUAUUAAUCUGCCAUCCCAUAGAAGAGCACCACAAGGCCAUCACGAACUAGAGGUUCACUUUCUCUCCCUCUCUUACCUUCUUACUAUCCUUCAAUCCUCCGGCAGGCUGUAGUUCCUUUCCUUAAGGUCCUUUUAGUAACUUUCGCUUCAACUUCACCUGUGCAGGCACACCUUUUUUAGGAAAUUUUUACCCUUUCUCGUCAAAUCCUCUCUUGUAUUUUUUCCACAGUGCUCUUUGGCCCUGUUUUCCCACUGCACAAUCGAAAAUGCCUUCUAUCACACGGACUCUGGCCUUCUCGGCCCUUUUGGCUUUUGCCAACGCUCAGGGCGUUGUCCUGAAGGCUGUCGGUGACAAGGGCGAGAGUGCACCUCUCCAGGUCGACCUGAAGAACCCUGCCGACAACAACUUCAUCGCCGACGCUGAGAUCAGGGAGAACAUUGUCAACGCUUGUGGAAGGACUUCUGCUGGUAACAUUGAUAUCGGCGAGACUUCCGAGAUCAACCUGUCCAAGAAUGCCGUCACCAGCGUUAAGAAGGGUAGCAACCUCGUCCUCACCAUCAAGCAGGGUGGUGCCAACGGUGCUGGUCCCUUCGACUGCGACUUGGAUCUCACCAACAACUCCAACGGUCUGACUGGCCAGACCAAGCUCAAGACCAAGGAGGCCAAGAAGGGCGACAACAUUGAGGUCACCGCCACGAUGCCCAACGACCUGAAGUGCAUUGGUGGUUCUACUGGUAACCUUUGCAUGGUCCGUUGCCGUAACAAGCAGAACUUCGGUGGUUGCGUCGCCAUCCAGCAGAGCGACACCACCCCCAACGUCAACAGCCCCCAGAACAUCAAGACCGCCGCCACCCUCAAGAGUGUCUUGGAUCAGGUCAACGAGGACCAGCGUGACUUCAAGACCACCGUCAAUGCCAUCGCCACCGCCUCCGAGAAGGACCAGGGUGCCGCCGUCGCCAAGGCCCUGGUCGACGCCAACUUGGCCAGCGGCGUCCUCAAGGACCAGAACACCACCCGCGUCGCUGCUCCCGCCGCCGGUGCUAAAAACAACAACAACAACAAGAACAACAACAAAAACAAGAACAAUGGCAAGAAGAACAACGCCAACGCAAGGACCGGCAAGAAGAACAACGCCAAGGCUAACGCCAAGGGCGGCAGGAAGGCCAAUGCUGCUGGUGCUCAGGGCGCAAAGAAGAAGGCCAAUGCCGCUGGUGCUCAGGGUGCAAAGAAGAACGCCAGUGGCGGCAGGGCCGCCAAGAAGAACAACAAGCGCGAGCUAUUCAGGGAGAUCAAGAGGUCAGACGCCGAGGACGUCGAGGAGGUCCAGGUCAAUGCGCAGAGCGCCGCCGGGGAGGAUUUUUUUGACGACGAGGAGUAGAGUAUUUUUUCCGUUACUCUCAUUUAAAAAAACAACCCUUUUUUACCCUUUAAAACAUCAACACGUCAAGUAGCAGAUAAUGGACGGUCCCGCGGGUUUUUUCUCUGACGGUGGCAUUCACUUGUCCUACCUGAUGAGUGUUUUCUCCCCUGGGGCUUUUCAUAAUCUGUGGUUAUAUGUAAAUGUUCUUCUAUGCACAUCUUUUGAGUUACUAUUUCUUGUACUUUUUGGGAGCCAUUAUACUCUUUUUUUUGGUUGGAACUACUGCGUUGGCUUUUUUUAUCAGCUUUUGAAGGAUAUACCGGACUGGGUCCACUUUUUUGCUUUUUUGUUCUGUUUUAUUUUGUUUUGGAAGAGCGAGCAUGUGGUUGCCAAAUACACCAACAAUCUUAAAAUCUAAAACUUGUUCGGGAAGAAGGAUUAACACUUUGCUUGCACCUGCGUAAACUGAUUGGAUACCCCAAGUCAGCUGU